AUGAAUGGAAAGGAAUGGAAUGGGAAUGGGAAUGGGAAUGGGAUGGGAAUGGGAAAAAUGGCUGGCAAUGGGAAUGGGAAUGGAAUGGAAUGGGGAUGGAAUGACGGAUGGGAAUGGGAAUGGGAAUGGGAAUGGAUGAUGGGAAUGGGAAUGGGAAUGGGAAUGGGGAUGGAAUGGAAUUUGGGAUGGAUGGAGCAAACUAAAUGGGGAUGGAUGGAUGGAAUGGAAGAAUGGGAAUGGAAUGGAACUCUCACAGAAUGGGAAUGGGAAUGGGAAUGGGAAUGGGAAUGGGAGAACUUGGAAUGGGACCUUGCCAAUGAUGGACCAAAUGGAAUGGAAAUUGACUGA